AUGCAACGAUGGGAGAAGGGAAAGUGGGUCGACGCAGAAGCUGGUGAUCUACAGCAAGGAGAUUUUGUCCUGUGCACCGAAGGAAAGUGCAGGCUGGAUGCAGUCGAGCACCUGUACCAGCAGGCCAAGACCGUCCAGGUUGUGGUGAACCCGGAUGAGGUCUUUCAAGCUUUUCAUGCUCCAUCUACUUCCUUUCUUUGCAAAGGACAGGCAGGGCAGGCCGGGGAAGAUGCACCGCGAACACCGGCAGCCAGUUCAUCAGGGCACCAUCUGCAUCCUGCUGGGGUGGUAACGAGGCGUAAUCGACGUGGAGGGCAAAAUCUUCGCGAUGCGACUGCAGCUGUCAAUCGUUGGACCAGGGCCAAUCUCGAUCAGACGGACCUUUACAGUCACGUGGACACGGGAAUUUGGAGUGACUGGUGA